UCACUUUUUAUACAACAGAUGUUUGUGACAAAGGAAAGUGGCAAUGUAGUAAUGGCUCUUGCAUACCAAUGAAUGAAAGAUGUGACGAUGUCAUCAACUGCGUUGAUUUUAGUGAUGAGCUUUUCUGCAUUGACUGCCCACCAGAAGCAUGGAGAUGUAGUAGCGGUCAAUGUAUUGAGGCCAACCACAGAUGUGACGGAUAUGAGAACUGUAACGAUAAAAGUGAUGAGAGCAACUGUGCAACUUGUCAGAUCAAUGCUUGGAAGUGCAGAACUGGUCAAUGCAUUCCUUAUUUCCAGAGGUGUGACGGGUUGAUAUUUUGUCGAGACGAAAGUGAUGAAAUUAACUGUAAGAAUUUUGAUAUUUUAAUGUAUGUUUUUGAUUGUCGUUUUGAAGUAAGCUUAUAA